AAGGAGAAGGGGCCUCGGCAGUAGUAACGGCCACCUGUCGAUCGGACAGUAGUCUAGAUGACUAGUCGGUAGACGAGUUAGUGUAGGAAACAAUGUAACAGUGAAAAUGAUACCGUACAUUGAGUAAAGGGCGAUUCAGUAAAAUCGUGAAUAAGGGAUGAAUCGAAUGUAGGUAGUUUCGAGGCGUUUGGGAAACAAAUGUUACAAUUUUACUGUGGGGAAAAAUCGAACGAUAACGACUGUCAAAUUUGUUUGAAUACAACCCCCGGGGCCAGUGGGAAAUUCAACCCUCUCCGAAGGGAAGUACUUGCAGGCAACAGCUGGUUACGCGUGGAAGCCUGUUGACUGUAUCCUGUUGAGAUAAGAUAUCAGGGCAUCCAUAACGAUAGUGCAGAUCAAAGAUGGAGCCGACGAGAUGAUUCGAUGAAUUUUGGUGGUCAGUUGACGCCGUUGAUGCGGUCGAUAGUUCAUUUGAAAAGUUCAUCAUGGACGCGAAUUACUAUUCCGGGGUUAAGAGGAGCGGCAGUGGACGAUGGGUUUGCCCCAAUGACAGACAACUUGCGUUAAGAGCAAAACUCCGAACAGGAUGGUCCGUAAAAAGUGCAUCCCUGGAUUCCCGUACCUACAGCAACUACUCUCACUGCUCCCCAACCUCAUGCCCAAGUGGUUUAUCCUCAAGCUCUUCAAACACAAAUUUACCAUUGAGUGACGCAGAGAGGGAGCGCAUAAUUCAGGUGAUUCAGCGAGCCGAAGCACUAGACCUUUCCGAGCAGGAGCGGGUGGGUAAAUUGGUGGAACGCCUGGAGAACAUGAAACGAAACGUCACCGUUGUAACAUCAACGAGAGCAACGAACAGAAGCUGCGGCAGCAGAUGUAUUCGCAAUAACCGUUGCAUGUGUUGUUGCGCAUUGUGCGGUGAAAAAUUUACAGUCCUGGGGGCUGGUCCAACAUUGUGUCGUGAUUGCAGAAAAUACGUAUGUCAAAAGUGUGGAGUUGAGACAUCUAGGGCACCAAGAACAUCCGGAACAAACUUGCAAUCUAGUCAGAGAAGAGGUACAUCAGCGUCAAUCAAUAAUUUACCGUCUGGUGAGGUAUCGAGUAGUGGAAACAAGCAGUCACCACCAGUAUCAAAGGUAUUUCUGUGUCGAAUAUGCACGGAAACACGAGAAAUGUGGAAGAAAAGUGGCGCUUGGUUUUUCAAGAGUUUACCGAAGUACGUUCUCCCGGAGAAAAAGAAGCCCCGGGGAAGUACUCGCAACGCGGGCUGGACUCUCGCCGGCGGAUCGAAAUCCCUGGAGCCAUCGGAGCACGACUCCUCCUCGGACGAGGAGAUCAGGAAGCCCACCCGCACCCGUUCCUUUCUCACCUACAGCCUCUCCACAGACCCAGCGGAUCUCUCCUCCACCUCGAAGCCUGAGUUAGAAGUCGAAGUGCAGAUCGAACCCGAGCCCAAACGUUCACCAGCGGACAUGCACGACGAGCCGGAGAGCCUUGUCCACCAUCAAGCCCACCAUCCGCCGCAGUGUCAAUUGGUUGUGCCAAGUAAUUCCUCGUCCUCAACCUCUCCAUCAUCACCGAUCUCCUCCACCUCACCUCUUCCAGCUUCACGAUCUUCCAGUCGUCUGCGCGACCAGAACACAAGUCAAACGUCGACAUUUUACGUUCGCAAUCCAGUUGGAAGUUGUGAAUCAGUCAAUCACGAGUCCUCUAGUCAAUGCGAGUCAUCGAAAUCAUCACUCCGGGGUAGAAAAAGCUCCAGUCAAGGUAAUUCAGUUGACAGGGCUCACAGUCGCGGUUCCCUCGAGCUUUCAGACGGUAGUUCGGCUAAACACGGAUCCAGGCGUCCAAGUAUCAACAGCAACGGGAGCAGCGAGACAGACGGAGUGUACAGACACGACCAAGAUCGAUGUCAACAGUGGGGAUAUCGGCGAACGGAAAGCGUCACAGGAACGACCGAGAAAACGGAAGAAGAGAAGAACUUAGGAACUCUCGAGAUAGUCCUGAGGUACGAGCCAGCAACUCAGUGUCUUCACUGCAAAGUAGAGAGAGCAAGAGGUCUUCGGCCAAUGGACAUUCACGGUCUGGCGGAUCCAUUCUGCAAUCUCAACAUACUACCAAUAAGUCCAAGUACCACAACAACAAGGAGACUGCGAACCAAAACAGUCCACAAGACCCGAGAUCCCGAGUUCAACGAGCAGCUCAACUUCUACGGGAUCAUGGAGAACGAUUUGAAGAGCGGAAAAGCUUUGCACAUUCUGAUACUCCAGGACGAUCCAGCUGGAAGGGACUUUCUAGGCGAGGCCAGAUUUCCGUUGCGCGAACUACAGCCCUCUCAAACGAAAUACUACAACGUAUUGCUGGAGGAUCACUACCAGGUGGAUCAGGAGGAGAGAGUCUGGGGCGAGGACAUGACCAACGGACGCGGAAUGAUAAAUGUGAGUCUGAGUUACAGCACACGUCGACGAGCACUCCUAGUGAGCAUCAACCGUGCCCACGAUCUUCUACCAAUGGACAGCAACGGUCUUUCUGACCCAUUCGUCAAACUCUGCUUGACAAAGGACCCAAGGGGCGACGAUGUCAAGCGGCCACCGAUUAUACAAAAUUCGAGGGAGAGCCUUGGACGGAGGCACUCGAGAAAGUCACCGAUUGUCCCCAAGUGCACCGGAGUUACUCACACAACCAGUGUCAAGUGGAAGACACUCAAUCCGGAGUGGAACGAGGAGUUCGUGUUCGAGACACGUCUGACAGAUUUGACAGCAAAUGCCCUAGUUCUUACCGUGUGGGACAAAGACUUUGGAAAGAGUAACGAUUACCUGGGUGGACUCGUUCUGAGCUGCAAUAGCAAAGGGGCGCGACUCCGUCACUGGAUCGAUGCAAUCAAAUUUCCAGAUCAUCGUCACCACUGCAGUCACGAACUUGCUGAGGACAUCGGCUUUCACGAGUAAUGAACAUCAUCCAAUAUUCAACAACUAAAAUCAAAUUAAAAAAAAACUAUCCAAGACGUUUAUCAAUCAAAGCGUCUGACAAUAUAUCAUUGAAAAAACAAUUACUGAAACUUCAACUCUAAAAGUAUCGCACAAUCACGUUUCCAAUUUGCCUGAUUUGAGUUAGAAAAUUUAAUCUCAAAGAAAUAUCAAUUCUAAUCAAGCUAUAUCUGUUGAAAUCGUUUCAAAUUUGUUGAUAAUGUGAGUGAAUAAAUGUGGGAAUGAGGAGUGUUGAGGUCGUAUUAAAGAAUUCAAAAUAUUACAAAAAAAAA